AUGGUUGAGAAAUCCCACGCGAAGCCAAAUGAUAAUGUCUUGUCGGAAAAUACAAUCUGGGAUAUGGAGGUCCUGGUCUUCAUUGAGAUGCUCAACACACUAUACCGUAUUCCAUAUAAGAUCUGGGUGGCCCGACUGUUCAUUGUCACCAAAAUGGCAGAUUACUAUUGUUGCCUUCCUGCAGUCUCACACAAUCUCUUCGCUUGUUUCGAUCAAAGCGAUAACAAAUAUGUCGCAGAAAAUGCCGUCCGCCUUCUUGAUAUUGCCUACAAGCUUCGUCAACCCCUUCUGUUCAAAGAUUGCCUCAUUUACGUUGCUGGUUAUAUGCCUCGGGACUCCGAAAAUUCUCCUCAUGUGUGCAACAGAGUGAUCUUUGAUGUCGUGAUGAUAGUACGUAAUGAGAUCAAUCGACGAGUAGUUGAAGCCCAGCAACUUCUCAUGCUAUCCAAACCUAGCAAGGAACGUUCGAGACUUCUAGGCCAUUGUUGGGAGAUUGGCUUUGAGGAAACAAAAGGAAAACUGAGCUUGCCUCGCUACUUCAGAAUUCUGGCGGAGCACGAUAGCGAAUUUGCCAGCAUCUUGUCUAACGUGCUCCAAUGCGAGUUACGUUUACCGGAAGAAAUCAGUCACGAAGCGGGUGCCCGUUUUCUCAAUGAUAUCAAUAACUUUUAUUGUGCAAGAUUAUUGGACAGCGAUUUACCAUGGGACCUCACUGAGACCGACUGGUAA